CUCACACUCACAGGACUCACACACACAGGACUCACACACACAGGACUCACAGGCCUCACACACACAGAAAAGUACCAAAAACACUCCUAACGCACACCAGGAUUAUACACAGGACCAACAGACACCUCAAGGUCAGAACACACACACACCCCGGACUCAGGAGCAGGAGGGGAGCCCGGAUAGCACAGGCGGACCAACACACAGAGGGAGGUUCGAGGACCUCUAUGUGAAGGGAGAGCUGAUUGGACACGGAGGCUAUGGGAGUGUCUACGCCGGGUUCAGGAAGACAGACAGCCAACCGGUGGCGCUGAAGUUUGUGGACCAGAGGAAGAUAACGAUGUGGGCUAAGAUGUCGGAGAGCGAAGAUGUGUUGCCGUUGGAGAUCGCUCUGCUGCGGCAGGUGUGUCGCUUGCCCAGGUGUAGAGGCGUGGCCCAACUCCUUGACUACUAUUGGAUGCCAGGGCCAGAGGGGGCGGGCGUAUAUCUGCUGGUUCUAGAGCGUCCAAUCCCCUGCUUGGAUCUCUUUAAUUAUAUGCAGGAGGGGAGUGGCUACUUGGAGGAGGGGAUGGCGCGUCAUGUGAUGCAGCAGGUGGUGUCUGCUCUGCUCCACUGCCACUCCAGGGGCGUGGUCCACAGAGACCUGAAACCUGAGAACAUCCUGGUCCAACUAACCAAUCACAACGUCCUGCUGCUAGACUUCGGCUCCGCCUCAGUACUCAAGGAGGGAGAAUACACCGAUGUGGCAGGUACUCCUGAGUAUCUUCCUCCAGAGACAGUACUGAGAGGGGAGUACUUUGCUGUUCCGGCCACCGUGUGGUCGCUGGGAAUACUGCUUUUCCAGAUGGUGUGGGGUGACGUUCCUUUCUACAGUGACACUAGCAUCGCCAAGGCAACCCUCUACUUUCCACGCGGAAUAUCCAGAGAUUGCCGUCACCUGAUUCGCCGGUGCCUCGCUGUCAGUCCAGACGACCGGCCAACCCUGGAGCAGUUACAACAACACCCCUGGAUGCAAUAGAACAGACUACUACUGAUUUCACAUCUUGGAAAUAUUUAAUCUAUAAUGUCCUAAAUAAACAUUGUCAGCAUUC